UUUCAAUGCAUUACUGAAAUGACUGAUCUUUAUUAUAAAUUCUUAGGGGUUUGGUUUUCACUACUAAGUUAACAGUGCUUUUGUAUCUUUCAGGCAAGAAGAAAUUACCCAAAGAAACUCUGAAGUACAGUACCCAGUUGUAGUAAGUGCUUUGCUAAGCUGUUCAACCCAGAAUGGCUGUGGAAUCUAGAGCAGUUUCAACCCUGGUACCUCAGAAUCCUCAGGAACAAGAACUAAUACUAGUGAAAGUAGAAGAAAGCCUUUCCUGGAGUCAGAAGUUUAAGCAGAGUGGGAGUACCCGAUCCUGCCAAGAACUGUUUCGCCAGCAAUUCAGGAAGUUUUGCUACCAGGAGACACCUGGACCCCGGGAAGCUCUGGGCCGACUCCAGGAGCUUUGCUAUCAGUGGCUCAUGCCAGAGUUGCACACGAAGGAGCAGAUCCUGGAGCUGCUGGUGCUGGAGCAAUUCCUGAGCAUCCUGCCUGAGGAGCUGCAGAUCUGGGUUCAGCAACAUAGUCCGACAAGCGGCGAGGAAGCUGUGACCCUGUUGGAAGAUUUGGAGAGGGAAUUUGAUGAUCCAGGGCAGCAGGGACCAGCAGUGCCAUGGAAGGAUCUGACAUGUCUUGGAACAUCCCAGGAGUUAACAAACAUCCCACUCCAGCCUUUAAAGGCACAGCUGAAACCCUGGGAACCUCGCCUUUCCCCCAAAAGUGAUUGUGAGAACAGUGAAUCAGCAACAAAGAAGGACAUUUCAGGAGAAAAGUCGCAAGGACUUCCCCAGGAACCUUCAUCUGGAGGAGUUAGUGAACAUGAGAGCAACUUAGAGUGGCAACAAGGAAGUGCUGCAGGGGAGAAGUUAAGAAGAUCCCCUUCCCAAGGGGACAGCAUUAGUCACGUAAUCUUCACACACAAAUCCCUAGGAAAGAGAGACCAUCAUGAGCCUCAGAGUAGCUUGAUUCUAAGUACAAACUCUGUAACUUAUCAGAAAGUUCCUACAGAAGAGAGACCUUAUAGAUGUGAUGUAUGCGGGCACAGCUUCAAGCAGCAUUCCUCUCUAACACAACAUCAGAGAAUCCAUACUGGAGAAAAGCCCUAUAAAUGUAACCAGUGUGGGAAGGCUUUUAGUUUGAGGUCAUAUCUUAUUAUUCACCAGAGAAUUCACAGCGGUGAGAAGGCAUAUGAAUGUAGUGAAUGUGGGAAAGCCUUCAAUCAGAGCUCGGCCCUCAUUAGACAUCGCAAAAUUCAUACUGGUGAAAAAGCUUGUAAAUGUAACGAAUGUGGCAAAGCAUUCAGUCAAAGUUCAUAUCUCAUUAUACAUCAAAGAAUUCACACUGGUGAGAAACCCUAUGAGUGUAAUGAGUGUGGGAAAACGUUUAGCCAAAGCUCAAAGCUUAUUAGACACCAGCGAAUUCAUACAGGAGAGAGACCUUAUGAAUGUAAUGAAUGUGGAAAAGCUUUCAGGCAGAGUUCAGAACUGAUAACCCAUCAGAGAAUACAUAGUGGGGAGAAACCCUAUGAAUGUAAUGAGUGUGGAAAAGCUUUCAGUCUGAGCUCAAACCUCAUCAGACAUCAGAGAAUUCAUAGUGGAGAGGAACCUUAUCAAUGUAAUGAAUGUGGCAAAACUUUCAAAAGGAGCUCAGCCCUUGUUCAGCAUCAGAGAAUCCAUUCUGGGGAUGAAGCUUAUAUAUGUAAUGAAUGCGGGAAGGCUUUCAGGCACAGAUCAGUCCUUAUGCGCCAUCAGAGAGUCCAUACUGUAAAGUAACUUGUGAAUAUAGUGAAUGUUGUAAAUAUUUUGGUCAGAUUUAUAUCUUUGUUAGUUGAAAGGGUUUACUUUGGAACAAGACUCCAGGCUGGGAAACUACCAGGUCUUGAGUCAUUCUGAGUUAGUGCAGCACUUCUCAAUGUUACUGCAAAUUGUCCCUUGAAAGCUUGUCCUGUGACUAAUCAGAACAGCAGGUGGGAAGAAUCACUGCUUCUAGCUUUUCUCUUACCGUUAGGAAUACUCAGGAGAUAAGAAAAAUGGGAAUAUAACAUUGAAACCUCAUUUUCCAUGAGAAUGUCACAAAGAGGGUACAGCAACCCAGGCUGUGUCACUGCAUCUGAUUGUCCACAUACCAGCUUUGGGAUAUGGUGUGGACAGUAUAAGGGACAUUUUGUCUCAGGAAUCCAAAAAAUUUACUGACCGAUUAAGGCCAGUUACAGGGCAGCAAGACAGAUGGAGAAACAGUUCAUCAGUGAUUUACUGAGCCUAUGACAGCCCAGAAAUGAGGUAGUGGGGAAAAAAAAAAAAUUAGCUUAUCCAACAGCUAUUUUUUGAGGGCCUGCUUUGUGCCAGGCACUAGGAAUAUAGUGGCAAAGAUAGUCUCUACAGUUUAAUGGACAAGGCAGACAGGCAGGGACACUAGUAUGAUCACUGCCAUGUGACAUUAGGAGUACCUGACCCAACCUUGGAUCAGGGAUGGUUUCGAAAAAAAUGAUUGAAGGAUGAGUAGGAGUUAGGAAAGUAAACAGGCAGGCUGGGGAACAACAUUCCCAGUAGAGGGAACAAUAGAUGAAGGUCAGGAAGAAUGAAGAAUGUCUGGCACGUCUGAUAAAUUAAAAGGCUGUUUUGUGUAGAGCAUUCCUGUUGAGUUCCUUUUGAGGUGGAGCCCUGUCUGUCAAGAGAAGCAUGGAUGUAGCCAGAACCUGUGAAGCAGUGCUGGUAGUAAAACAGGAGGCAGUGAAGAAGCUUCUAUUACUGGACAAAACCUGGAGUUCUUGGACCACAGGGUAGAGAGGAGCUGUCUGUCUUUUGUGAGCUGGGUGAAGGGUUAAUAACUAGUCCCCUUGCCUGUAGGCUAAGCUAGACAUUGGGGGUGGAGGGGGUCAGAAAGAGCCCAGCCUAGUGGUUAAGAGGUUAAGCAUCUAUUGGAGUCCUGAAUCUUCCCUUUUCCUAAACAGAAGAUUCCUCUGGUUUUUAAGACUGUCAGAGCUGCUGUCUUUGUCCUGCUAACUGCCAAGGCUCUGGGUCAGAAGCUGCUAUGGCUACCACAUUUGUUUCUGGGGCUACACCCCCACACUUCUAGUGUACUCCCUUGGGCUCAGGUGGUAAAAAAUGUCAGAGUGACAGGCACCUCACACAUGUUCAGUGUGUCUUCUAUCAGAAGUAUUUCAGUAUUUUGUGAAUUUUGUUAAGGACAAUGGCAACAUACCAAUUAUGGUCCAUCCAGAGACUGCUCUCCUCUGAGGGAUCCAUCAGGAAAUGUAGCCCUUGACUGGUGCUUCUCAGUGCAACGCUUUAAAGGUGAAUAGGUUAGUCAGCAACAGAAAAACAUGUUAAGAAUACCAAACAGGUCAGAGUUCUAACACACCUUACCAAAAACAGAAAUCUAUGGGAAUCUAGAAUUUUCAUGAGGAUAAGUAGACAGCACUCUUGUUGGGGCAUCUGUAGAUGAGCAGGUACUAACCAGUAAGAAUGGCAGGUGGACUAAAUGCCCAUGCUUUGAGAGAGAAAACAAAGAGAUAGGAUAACAAUGUGGUAAGAGCUAUUCAUAUUCAACUCUUAGUUUUCCUCUCAAGAUGAAGACUCAAACUGAAAAGUGUAGGGCAGUUGUUAAGUAGGAAUUGAUAAAACAUAUUACAAAAGGGAGAGAUUCUUUAUAAAGAGUUCUUAACAUUUAACAGUAAGAAACAUAAUACGUACUUUGUUGAGGGCUUUGUAUAUAUGUAUCUGUUGUUUCUCCAACAGCUCAUAUUUUGCAGAUGAGGAAAUGAAGGUUUAGGAUCAUGGCUUAGUCAAUAUCCUCUAUCUCUAAAAAGUGGUGAGGUUAGACUUUGAACCCUGGCAAUAGGAAUCCAGCACCCUUCUGUGGAGCCACUUAUCUUUAGUCUCUCCCCAUGAAAAAUCCCCAGGAGAAAAGAUUGUCCUUAAGUAAGUAAGUUACAAAAGAACAAAUGCCAAUGGAUGACAAAUGGUCAGCCUCGCAAAAUGUGUAUUAAAGCAGGAGUUGAGAUGGCACUUUUUUUCCCCUCAUCAGACGAAGAUUCAGGGAACCUGGGAGUUCAGUGCUGCUGGAGAGAUGUGAAUAGAUACUGUCUCUGGCAAUCAAUACCAGAAGCCUUAAGCAUUGCCUUGUGACUUUAAAAUUCUACCUGGAAAUGUAUGCUUCAGAAAACAUCAUGAAUGUAUACAGAGUCUUAAAAGCUGUUAAAGUGAUGUUGAUUGAUGUCAAAAGAAAUGACAGCGUAUCUUAGGUAAAAAUAUAACAUGUACAGUAUGACUCCAUGUAAAAGUAUAUUUAUACAUUAAAAAUAUUGGAAAUACGUAAUCACAGACUGCUAUACCAGCUAUCUGGUGAUAAAUUUAUAGGUGAUUUAACUUUUUCUUGUGAUUUUCGGUGUCUUCCAAACUCUCCUACAAUACAUACUUCUAGACCUAGAGAAAAGGUUAAAGGAAUGAAAGCCCAGGAUAGUCAAGAAAUUCUAAGUACCUGGUUUCUGUAGCAUCUCUGUCCCUCCUAAGUCCUGGGAGGUUGUUAACUCCCACAUGAUUUCAUCAUUGUUAACUAACAGUGGCAGAC